AUGUCUCUUCACUAUCUUCCACCCGUCAAGCCAUCGGCUAUUGCCCUCGGUACACUUUUCAACCACGCCGCGUCCCUUGCUGUCCUCGGCCCCGUCUUUGGCGAGACAUACCACCGAGCCCAAGCUGCCAACUCUAAAGAGGAAUUUGUCAAGUCAAAGGAAGCCGCCUCGGCUGUCGCCGCUUGGGGAACUUCUCUCGUGGGUAGCGCCGUUCAAUCAUAUGGUGUUGGUGCUUUGAUCAACGCCACUGGUACUCUUUCAUAUAAGGGUGCUGCAUACUUAGGAUCAUUGAUCUUCAUGGCUUCCUCUGCUCCUUCGUUCAUCGCUCAAAUCACCACUGAGAAGCGUCCCCUCGACACCGUCGCUGUAGGUGCUCUCGCCCGCGUCUUCGAGACAGUCGGUCUUUCUCUCUUCCUCACUUGGUGGGGAACCCACACCAACCCAUUCAACUGA